AUGGCAGACGGCGUCAGGCAGCGCAAGGCAAACAUCCUCGCCUCAGACAACAUCUCAAGCGGCAACUCCACCGCCCUCCUCAAGGUCAAUGCCGUCCCCACAGAGCACGGCCAGGAGAUGGACAAGAAGGUCGACGAGCACCAGGAGUAUGAGUUCGGAGGCCCCCUCGGCGUCCUCGCCAUGAUGGUCUUUUUCCCGCCCCUCAUGUACUACCUCUGGAUUUGUCUUUGGUUCUACGAGGGAAGCUUUGUCUAUCCUACCUCCGUGGACGACAUCCAGCCCUUCUUUGGCCGUAUGUGGGACCACAUCGUCGAGGGCGCCUACCCCACCAAGUUUGGCUUUGUUACCUACUGGGGUCUCACUGCUAUCCAGCUUGCCUUUGCCGCUUUCAUGCCCGGUAUGUGGCAGAACGGUCUUCCCGUCCCUUCCCUCAACUACGACACCCUUCCCUACAAGUGCAAUGCGCUCGCGUCCUGGUACUCUACCCUGGCCCUCUCUUUCAUCCUCCACAAGACUGGCAUCUACCGACUGCCUUGGAUCAUUGAAAACUUUGGCCCCAUCAUGACCGUGUCCAUCAUCACUUCCUACUCUGUGUCGCUCAUCAUCGACUUGUCUGGCCGAUUCUUCCACUACGGUGGAAAGCCCCUCCGGUUGAGCGGUAAUGUCAUCUACGACCACUUUAUGGGUAUCAGUCUCAACCCCCGAAUUGGUGUUAUCGACUUGAAAAUGUUUGCCGAGGUCCGCGUGCCCUGGGUCUUGCUCUUCUUGUUUGCCUUGUCUGCCACCGUCAAGCAGUACGAAGAGUACGGUCGGGUGUCCUACAACAUGAUCCACUUUUUGAUCGCUACCGGACUGUACAUCAACGCCUGUGCCAAGGGUGAACAGAUGAUUCCCCAGACUUGGGACAUGUUUCACGAAAAGUUUGGAUGGAUGCUCAUCUUCUGGAACAUGUCUGGCGUUCCCUUCAUGUACGUCUAUCCCGCCAUCUACAUGUCCCGAACCCCUCUUGCCACCUACGAGUUCCCCAUCUGGGCCUCUGUCGCUCUCUUCACCACCCUCAUCACCUGCUACUGGAUCUUUGACUCUGCCAUGUCGCAAAAGUCUGUCUUCAAGAUGCAGCAGCAGGGCCAGUAUGUCCGCCGAAAAGCCUUCCCUACCGUCCCCUGGGCCGAGGUCGAGAACCCCACCUACAUCCAGACCAAGCACGGCAACAAGCUCCUCACCUCUGGCUGGUGGGGUUUCCUCCGGAAGCCCAACUACACUGCCGACUGGAUCCAAGCUUGUACUUGGGGUCUUUGUGCCGGUUUGCACACUCCUAUCACCAUGUGGUACCCGUUCUUCUUCUUGACAGUGUUGGUGCACAGGUGUGAGAGAGAUUUCCAAAAGUGCGAGAGAAAGUAUGGGGAUGAUUGGGAGGAGUAUUGCAGGACUGUGCCGUACAAAUUUAUUCCUGGGAUCUACUAG